CGUACCGGGACUUUUUAGUACUGGGACUUCUCAUGAGCUCAUAGUACCCUGUCCUGUUUUCUUUCUAUGGCUAUACUACAUUACCCAGUGUGCACCACGUUAUGUACAAGUACGCACCACACGCCUGUCCCUUCUCGCGAGACCUCGCGUUAGUACAGUUGUUGUUGAUAGUUGCACGCCAGGCGCUACAUCCCAUGGCUAGUCGUAGCCAAACGUUUCGUUUCAUACAACGGGUGAUUUCAGUCUGUUGUAAAUGUUGGCAUGGCUUCAAAAUGGCACAAAAAGAACCCGGACCGGGCCGGAAUCGUAUGACGACAUUGAAGACGCCACAGAAAAUGCAAGUGACGAACAGCCUGCAGCAGCAGCUAGCAGUAGCGCAUCUGCUAGCUGCCAGGCUAGCAGUGAGGUGGCGUCAGCAACACUGUUGCCAUCAACGUCAACAAUAACCCCUUUGCCUCUAAAGCACACAAUUGCCCAAAUAUUUGUCUGAGUGAUAUCUAAUAUUAAAUAUAGUUUCCACAACUGCAGUGGCCUGGGACACAUGUGUCAACAAGCAUGUCCAGUUCAUGAAGUGGAAAUGUAAGUUUUGUGCGUUCACCACCAAUGGGCAAGGAAGAAUAAUUCAGCAUUACAAAGAGCGUCACGGACAUCAUCGGAGGAGCUCAGGCCUUGUCUGUAUUUAUGAGGACUGUUUGAGCACAUUUCAAACUCAAGCUGAACUUAAAAAUCAUUUGAAAGAACAUGUGAAAGAAGGUAAAAAAAUUGUGACUAAGUUAUGCUGUGAUUUGUGUACAUUCUCAGAGCCUAGUGACAUUAACAAAUAUUAUGCUCACUUGAAGACACAUUUAAGGAACAGGGAAACAGUUAAAUGUCCAUUUGCAGAUUGCUCUUUCAAGUCUAGUAUACUGUCAACAUUUACUGCUCAUAGAAGUCGCUAUCAUAAGUUUUCCACCCUAAAUAGUUUAAGACCAGAGCUUUGUGUAGAGCAUACCCUUACAAAUGGAGUAGUAGCAGUUGGGGAGGAUUUUGUUUCUGAUACUGAGGAAUCACCUUCAUAUGAUCCUAUACCGGAGGCUGAACCUCUUUUUGAAAAUGGAGAGGCCAUUAAAAAUCAGUUGGCAUCUUUAUUGCUCCGCAUGCAAACCAUUUUACAUGUUUCAAAUACAGCAAUACAGGAAGUAAUUGAUGAGUUAUUUGACAUUGGAGAAUUUGCUAAUCAAAACGUAAAGAAAAUUAUACAGAAAGUAUUGGAUGCAAAUAACUGUGUAGCUGAUGCCUCUGUUGUAGCAUCAUUGUCUGAUGAAAUACAAUUAUUGAACCCUCUGAAAUUUCUUUCAAGGCAAGGGCCUUUGGGCACAGAGCGUAAAAGACAGUCAUUUUACAAAAAAAACUUUACGGUCAUUGAACCGGUCGAGUAUGUGCUAAAUGCACAAGAAAAAAAACAUUCAUUUGUUUAUGUCCCUAUUUUAGAUUUGUUAAGUAAGUUGUUGGAAAAAAGUGAGAUUCUUCAAACAUUACAGACAUCGAGUCAAAGGGAAGGUCAUUACAGUUCAUUUCAAGAUGGUGAAUACUUUAAAGAAAACAAACUUCUCACUGAAGAAUUAGGAGUUGCUCUUGGCUUAUACAUCGAUGAUUUUGAAGUUUGUAAUCCAUUAGGGACUUCAAAAAAGAAACACAAAGUGUGUGGCAUUUAUUGGGUGAUAGCCAACUUACCCAUAAGACUCAGAUCAACAUUAUCAUCAAUUUAUCUAGCUGUACUGUGCAAAACUGUACACAUAAAACAGUAUGGUUACAGCACGGUUUUUGAGCCACUUAUCAGAGAUCUCCAGCAUUUAGAGAACAUAGGUGUAUUUGUACAAAGUCUUGGGUCUAAUGUCAAAGGUACUGUUGUGUUUGUGUCUGCAGAUAACUUAAGUGCACACUCACUUUCUGGAUACCAAGAAUCUUUUAAUGUUGAGAAAUUUUGCAGAUUUUGUUUGGCUAACCGUAUAGAUAUUCAGGAACAUGAUGUCAGAAGUGGGAAUUUUACUUUGAGAACACCACAAUUGUUUCAUGAAGCUGUUACUGUCCUUAAAACAACUGAUGCCUCGUGUGUUGAUGGUUUGAAAAGAGACUGUCCUUUAAGAAGACUUGCCCACUUUCAUCCUGCAAAAGGGUUUCCACCGGAUUUUCUGCAUGAUCUGCUGGAAGGAAUUGUACCUGUGGAACUGUGCAUAUGUCUUUCAGAUCUGAUUGCUAAAAAGUAUUUCACAUUGACUGACCUUAAUGAAAGAAUAGCAUCAUUUCCCUUUCAGUUUUGUGACAAAACUAACCGACCUCAAUCAAUCCAUACAAACUUUUCAAAAAAUGGAACUAUUGGUGGCAAUGGACACGAGAACUGGGCGCUUCUGCGAUUUCUUCCACUGCUGAUUGGCCACCAAAUCCCAGAAUGUGAAAAAACUUGGUCUCUGAUCCUUGAACUGAAAGACAUUGUGGAGCUGUUAUCCAGCCCCUCAUUCACAACAGAAAUCCUGUGCUACCUACAAGCAAAAAUCUGUGACCAUAGACAUUUGCUUUUAGAAAUAUUUCCUGGUACUAAACUACGCCCUAAACAUCAUUAUCUUGAACAUUAUCCUGUGUUGAUCAAGAAAUUUGGUCCGCUUGAGUUCUGGACAAUACGCUUUGAGGCAAAGCAUUCAUUCUUUAAAAAAGUGGUUCACAACACUGGGAACUUCAAAAAUGUUCUGCACACUUUAGCCACAAGACAUCAGUUGAUGUUGGCAUAUUAUUUGGAGAUGCCAACAAUUUUCAAACCAAGCAUUGAGACUGGGCGAGUAUCAGUUGUGUCUGUGGGCAUCUUGGAUGCUGCUGUCAGAGAGGCUUUAUAGAAUAAGUUUCAAGGUCUGGACUCUGUUUCCCUCACCUCCAUUGCUUACUUAAAUGGGACAAAUUAUUCUAAAGGAAUGGUGCUCUCAGUUGGACAGACAAGUGGACUGCCAGAUUUUGGGACAGUA